AUGGCGAACAGCAAAAGUGGUGUGGCGCGCUUCCCACGAAUCAAAGAGAUCAAGACCUUCAUCAUUUCAGGCGUGGGCUCUGGAGGCGAUUAUCACAAUGUCAAAGGCGGCCAUUGGUUGAUCGACUCCAAGAUUUCAACACCUAUGUCAGGAUAUGAAGAGUACCGAAAGUCGAGAACAAGCUGGGGUAUCAAUGUUCUUGGGUCAUUCUGUGUUGAGAUCGAGGCAGACGAUGGCACCAAAGGUUUCGCGACUGGAUUCGGUGGUCCUCCAGCUUGCUGGCUGGUUGCUGAGCACUUUCGACGAUUCCUGAUCGGCGCAGACCCACGCGACACAAACCACCUCUUCGAACAGAUGUACCGAGGCUCCAUGUUCUACGGCCGCAAAGGUCUCCCCGUCGCCGUAAUUUCCGUCAUCGACCUCGCCCUCUGGGACCUAAUCGGCAAAAUCCGCAACGAACCCGUCUACAAACUCAUCGGAGGCGCAACAAGGGAAAGACUGAGCUUCUACUGCACCGGCCCCGAGCCAGCUUCAGCAAGAGAUGCAGGAUUCAGCGGAGCCAAAGUCGCCCUCCCAUACAGCCCCGGAGAAGGCCCCGAAGGAAUGAGAAAAAAUGUCGAAUACCUCCGACAAAAGCGCUCAGAAGUCGGACCUGAUUUCCCUCUUCGUGUGGAUUGCUACAUGAGUUUGAAUGUGCCUUAUACGAUCGAGUUGGUGGAGAAAUGCAAAGAUUUGAAUAUCGAUUGGUGGGAAGAAUGUCUUUCACCGGACGACUACGACGGUCACGCAUUGAUUAAAGCCGCACACCGCACAGUGAAAUUCACGACCGGUGAACACGAGUACUCGCGCUAUGGAUUCCGCAAACUCAUCGAGGGUCGCAAUUUGGAUAUUCUGCAGCCGGACGUCAUGUGGGUGGGAGGUCUGACUGAACUACUCAAAGUUUCGGCUAUGGCUCAAGCAUACGAUAUUCCGGUGAUACCUCACGCCAGUGGACCGUAUUCUUAUCAUUUUGUGGUUUCGCAACCACAUAGUCCUUUCCAGGAGUAUUUGGCGAACUCGCCAGAUGGGAAGAGUGUGCUGCCGGUGUUUGGAAAUCUUUUCACGAAUGAGCCGAUUCCUACGAAUGGGUAUUUGGAUGUUUCGGUGCUGGAUUUGCCAGGGUUCGGAUUGGAGAUUAAUCCUUCUGCGCCGCUGAUCGAUGCUGCCGGGAUACUUAAUCCGGCACCGCAGAAGUCUUUGCCACCACCGCAGCAGCAGCAGGAGGCGGAGAAUGGUCAGACGCAGGUUAACGGGACUACGUAGAUUUUUGUACAUCUUCGCGUCAUUGCAGGCAGGCGUUUCGGGUGACGCGGCUAGGGAGAAUAUUUGAUGACCGGAUGCUGGGUUCUAGGCAGACCUAAGGGCAGGAAUCCAACGUAUAGUGAUGCCCUUGUACCAGG